GAGCCAGAGGGAGGCUGGAGCCCCCAGGGGAAACCUCUGUCCUUCCUGGGGAAUCCAGUCUUGCUUAGUUGUCUGCAGUGACAAACAGGAGUCAAGAAAGAUGGACGACUGUGGAUGAGCUUGCUGAUGUGAUAAUGAUUUACUCAGCACCUGCUAUGUGCCAAGCACACUGACCUUGGCGGACAAGGUCUUUACCCUCAUGGAAGUCACAUUCUCGCAGGAGAGACAAGCAGUAAACAAGCAAAGAAGAAACAUCAGCCGAUGUUGGGGUCCUGGACCGUGUGGUAUCAGAUGGACCUCUGGAGGGACUAGAGACUGAAGUCAGCCACGUCUCUGUGACCAAUGCCCAGUGAAAACCCUGGGCACCAAGGUUCAGACAUGGAUGCAGAGAGGGAAGCCCUACAGAGCUCUGCCUACCCCGAAGUGCAGACCUUCUGCCAGAAGCACGGCCUGAUGUUCGAGGUGGUUGAUCUGAGGUGGGGAAUUAGGAACAGCGAGGCCACUGACCACAUGACCACGGAACUCUGCUUGGAGGAGCUUGACCGGUGUCGGAAAACAUCCAUAGGGCCAGCUUUUGUUGCCCUCAUAGGUGAUCAGUACGGCCCCUGUCCCAUCCCCGCCCUGAUUGAAGAGAAGGAGUGGGAGGCACUGAGGGCUCAGCUGACUGCCAGGCCACGUGACCUGGAGCUGGUGGCACGACGCUUCCGGAAGGACGAGAACGCUGUGCCCCCUACCUACCUGCUGCAGUCCCUGGGCAUCAGGGAGGCCCGUGGGCCCGAGGAGGCCACCCUGAACUCUGCACUGCGUUCCGGAGCCCAGGAGGCCUGGAGGCUGGGCCUCAUCACCCAGGAGCAGUGGCGCCGCUACCACCGGUCAGUCAUUGAGUGGGAAAUUGAACGGGGACUGCUGAGCUCGACAGACAGGGACCAGGGGGCGACUGUCUUCCUGAGAGAGAUCCAAGACCUCGACAAACACAUCCUGGAAGACUGUGCCCUCAAGAUGGUGGACCGGCUCGCAGACGGUUGCCUGGACAUGGACGCCCAGAACCUUCUCUGCAGCCUUAAGGGGCGCAUCGCCGACAUGCAGCCUGGAGUUCUCAAGGCCCACCACCUGGCGUGGAGUCGAGACCUGGUGAACCCCAAAAACAAGGCUCAUGCCCGGUACCUGAAGGAGCUUGGGGAGCAGUUUGUGGCCAGAGCUAACCAUCAGGUCCUCGAGUGCCUCCGGGAGCUAGAGGUGGGCAGGCAGGAGUUGGCGUGGCUCUACCAGGAGAUCCGCCACCACCUGGGGCUGAGUGCCGAGGCCACCCGGACCUUCUGUGGGCGCCAGGAGCUCCUGGCCCAGCUGGGGCAGCGGCUCCGGGAGAGCGACAGCCACCCUCACCCGCCUCUGGUGAUUUUUGGACCCCCAGGCAUUGGAAAGACGGCUCUGAUGUGCAAGUUGGCUGAGCAAAUGCCGGUGCUGCUCGGGCGCAAGACGGUGACCAUGCUGCGGCUUCUGGGGACGUCACAGAUGAGCUCCGAUGCCCGCAGCCUACUUCAGAGCAUCUGCUUCCAGGUGUGCCUGGCCUAUGGGCUACCCCUGCCCCCUGCCCAGGUCCUGGAGGCCCACACCAGGGUGGUCCAAUUUUUCCACACCCUCCUCCACACCGUCUCCUGCCGAAACUUCGAGUCCCUUGUGAUCCUGCUGGACUCAGUGGAUGAGGUGGACUCUGUUCACCAUGCUCGGAGGGUCCCCUGGCUGCCUCCCAAGUGCCCCCCGAGGGUCCACCUCAUCCUCUCGGCCUGCUCAGGACAGCAGGGGGUUUUAGACAUGAUGCGGCAGGUGCUCACGGACCCAGGGGCCUACUGGGAGGUGAGACCCCUCUCCGGAAACCAAGGGCAAGAGAUGAUCCAGCUCCUGCUGGCAGCCUCGAGGAGGACACUGAGCCCCAUGCAGAGGGACCUGCUCUGGGCCAGCCUCCCAGAGUGCGGGCACCCAGGGCGGCUGAGGCUGGCCUUCGAGGAGGCCCGAAAAUGGGCCUCCUUCACCGUGCCCGCCCCACUAGCCUCCACUGCUAAGGAAGCAAUGCACGAACUGUGUGCCCGCCUGGAGCAGACACACGGGCAGCUCCUGGUGGCCCGUGUGCUGGGCUACAUCGUGUCUUCCCGGCACGGGCUCUCAGAGGCAGAGCUGAAGGACGUGCUGUCCUUGGAUGAUGAGGUCUUGCAGACUGUGUAUCAGGACUGGAACCCGCCCAGCAAAGAGCUGCUGCGGUUCCCACCCCUGCUGUGGGUGAGGCUGCGUCGGGAUCUGGGUAACUGCUUGGCCAGACGGCCGGUGGAUGGCUUCACACUCCUGGCCAUCGCCUACAGACAGCUGGCUGAGGUGGUCCGGGAGCGCUACCUGUCCGGGCCCGAGAAAGCCAAGAGUCAUGGAGUUUUAGCCGACUUCUUCUCAGGGGCCUGGAGCCAGGGCACCAAGAAACUCAUCACCCUGCCUCUCGUGGGAAAGCCCCUGAACCUGGACCGUAAGGUGGCCCCUCAGCCCCUGUGGUUCUCAGACACGGUUGCAAACCUGCGGAAGCUGAAGGAGUUGCCCUAUCACCUGCUCCACUCGGGCCGCAUAGAGGAGCUGAAGCAGGAGGUGCUGGGCAGCAUGAACUGGAUUUCCUGCCGAGGCAUCUCCGCGGGCAUUGAGGGCCUGUUGGAUGACUUUGACCUGUGUGCCCCUCACAUGGACUGUCCUGAGGUUGGCCUGGUCCGGGAAGCCCUCCAGCUGUGCCGCCCAGCCGUGGAGCUCCGAGGCAUGGAGAGAAGUGUCCUGUAUACAGAACUCCUGGCCAGACUCCAUUUCUUCGCCACCUCACACCCGGCACUGGUGGGACAGCUAUGCCAACAGGCGCAGAGCUGGUUCCGGGUGUGCCCACACCCCGUGCUGGUGCCCCUCGGAGGAUUCCUCCAGCCCCCGGGAGGACCCCUCCUGGCCACCCUCACUGGCUGUCACAAAGGUAUCACUGCCAUGGCGUGGAGCCUGGAAGAGAAACUGCUGGUGGUGGGCACCCAGGAGGGCUUCGUGGCUGUGUGGGACAUGGAAGAGCAGCAGGUGAUCCACAUGCUAACUGGACACACAGGAGAGGUGAGGUGUGUGAAAGUGUUUGCCAAAGGGAUGCUCGCCAUCUCUGCCUCGAAGGACCGUACCCUGCGCUUGUGGAACUUACUCUCUGGCCAGGAGAAAUUCACCAUUUGGGAUGGAGGCUCAAAAGAUCCCACUGAACCACAGGUCUGGACCCUUCAUGUGGAUGAAGCAAAGAAGGUUGUGUAUUUGGCAUCUAGCUCAAAGGUCAGUGCUUGGAAUCUGGAAACUGCAGCGCUGAUUUUCCGUAUCCUGGGAGAGGCCUCUGACCCCUGGACGUUCACAGCAGCGCUGACUUCCCAGGCCACGCUGCUGACCGUUUCCAGGGGUGACGUGGUCAGUCUGUGGAGCUCAGCCACAGGAAAACUGCAGAAGAAUCAACAUUUGUCCAGCGUCAAAGAAGAAACACUUACCUGUGGGGUCUCGGUCCAGAAACAAGGAAAGAUGGUGAUUGGGUUCAGCAAGGGCUCCAUCUCUUUGGUUUCCUCUGAAGGAGACAGCCUGCUGGAAAAGCUUCCAGAAGCUGUGGAGUUCCUGGUGGUCUCCGAAGAUGAGUCCCUUCUCGCUGCAGGUUUUGGGAGAUCCGUGCGGAUAUUCUUGGCAGACUCACAGGGGUUUCAUCGAUUCAUGGCCACCGACCUUGAACAUGAAGACACAGUGGAGACGGCUGUUUUUGGUCCUGAAAAUAAUCUGAUUGUCACUGGGUCCCGGGAUGCACUCAUUCAGGUGUGGAGUCUGUCAGAGCAGGGGACUCUGCUAGACAUCUUGGAAGGCGUUGGGGCCCCCGUGAGCCUGCUGGCUCAGGGUGGGGCCUUGGUGGCAUCUGCUUCCCAUCAGUCCUCAUCUUUUAAAGUCUGGGAUCUCACCUACACUCAGAAGCCGAGGGCCUCUACCCCAUUUCUGGACCGCACGGGCCUCACUGCAGUGUCGCACAAUGGAAGCUACAUUUACUUCCCUAAAAUUGGGGACAAAAACAAAGUCAUCAUUUGGGACCUGGCAGAAGGUGAGGAGCAAGAUGUCCUGGACACCUCCAAUGAGGUCAGGUGCCUGGAGGUCGCGGAACAGGCCAAUCUCCUUUUCACGGGCCUCGUUUCUGGGAUCGUCCUGGUGUUCCCCCUGAAUUCCAGACAGGAUGUGAUGUGCAUCCCCCCUCCAGAGGCCCGGAAAGCCAUCAACUGCAUGGCCCUUAGUAAGGACGAAGGGCGCCUGGCCAUCGCCUACGACAGCAUGGUCCUGGUGCUGGACAUCAGCCCUGGGGACCCCUGUCCGAUCAUUGACGGGCCAACAUACACCUUCUAUACCCAGCUGCCCGACACCAUCGCCAGCGUGGCCGUUCUGGCUGACUACCGCGUGAUCUACGGCAUGACCAAUGGGGACCUCUUCCUUUACGAGUGUGCGAAUUCCAAGGUGUUCCCACUGGAGGCCCACGGGAGCCGAGUCACCUGCGUGGAGGUCAGCCACAAGGAGCAGCUAGCAGUCAGUGGGUCCGAAGAAGCCCUUCUGUGUCUCUGGGACCUGCAGGCGUGCAAGUGGAAAUUCGAGAUGAGCUACACGAAUUCUUACUGCAGAGGAGUCCAAUGUGCUUGCUUCUCCAAGGAUGAUAAGUAUGUCUAUGCAGGCUUGAAGGAUCGCUCCAUAAUCGUCUGGAGUGUGCUGGAUGGCGCACUGCUGGCGGUCCAGUUUGUCCAUGCCGUGGUGAACAGAAUCAUCUCAACCUCCAAUGGCUUCAUUGCCCCCAGCAGACACGGCUAUCUCAUCCGUGAACGCUUCCAGUGCCCUUCAUCAAGAAUCUCACAACAGGACCCUCUCAAGAACUUCAAGAAGGCAGUGUGGAUGGUCAAAUCCAGGCAGAGAGAAGAGCUGGCAGCUGCUGCAGGAGCACUCCAGGACUCGAGAUCAGGGAGUGCCCAGGGAAACGAAUCCAAAUCAAACAAACGCUCACAAGUCUGCCUGCUAGUGUAGAAACCCCCCAUGGGCUCCAGUGAGGUUCACCCCAUUCGAUCUGGCUGAAGAAAAGGGAAUGAAUGUGUUGAUGUAUAUCUGGACCCAAAGCCUCCAAUUAUGUGACCCAGACCUUGCUUCCCACCAUCAUUCCAGUCUUCUCUCCUCCUUGUCAGCUCCAUUCACAGACCUUCCAUCCCCAGGUUAACAACAUGACAGCCAAGUUCAGUAGAAAAGAGAGUUUCCCUUACCCAACAGUUUGAACCAAAGUCCUGGCUCUGAGUCUGUUAGCUCCAGUUGGCUUAUACACCCAUCCUGGAACACAAAGCUAUCUCUGGGGAGAAUGCAAUACU